GCACCAGCGGCGGCAGCAGCAUCAGCAGUGGAGGAAAAUUCAAACAGUCCCAAGCAGGGACAGACAGGGUCCAGCAACGUCCCCUGUCCGAACCGCGCACCCCGCUACCGGACACACGAGAGGAAGCGACGCUCUUUAAGCGCACCGUUUCCUUUUAACGUUUGUUUUAACGUGAGAAGUGCGUUUACCGGGAACUUUGCUCCCCAGAGCAGCAGUUACCGGGGCAUGAAAGCCGGUGUGUGUGGAGAAGAGCAUCAGCCUAAACUUCACUGACUCUCACAGCUUAGUUUGAGACUUAUUUCACCAGCUUAUCCGCAUUUUUCUGCCUUUGAAGAAGCUUGUUUAGUGGACCGAGCUCAGGGUUUCGCUAAAUUUCUUCUACUUUAUAAAUAAACAAAGAAAGGCGAGAAAAGAAACUCGGAAGAGAAGUGGAUGUAUUUCCAGUCAUGGAUGUAACAGUUUACCCGCCUCCUCCUCAGCCUUUAUCUGCGCCAGACCACACCAGGCUGGGACAAAUUUCCUACCCUGACCCGGGCUUUGGGACCAACAAGCUGGAUGGGGACACCAUGUUCCUGGGUAUGCCAGAAGCAGGCCUUGACUUCGCCUCAACCAAUCAGUUUCGUGUGCCACAUCCCCCUCACCCUCUCAGCAAGGUGACGCAGCCCAACCCGCCCUCACAGCACUGGAGGAGAGAUGCACACAUGGCCGAAACACAUCGUCUGCCUUGGGUCAAUUCAUACCCAGUCAGUGGUUUGGGCGAUGACGACUUCAACAUUCCACCCAUCACUCCUCCCACCCUGCCAGAUCACAUGGUGCCCCCUCACCUCCCCCACAACUCCCCGUCUGGACCGUACCACCCUCUGGAUCCUCCUUCCAGCUCAGCUGCACACCACCCCUACCAGUUGCAGGGCAUGGAGUUGCCUGGCAUGCCUGGUAACCAGGAUGGAGCCACUAUGUUGAGCCAAGAUGGUAGCACGUUCAGCCCUGAUGGUGGCCCAAUGACCAGCACUCUGUCUGUGAUGCAGCAGAUGGUGAACUCAGACUCUCGGUUUACCAGCAGCCAGCAGCCAAUCGAAGCAGCGCUUGGGCCCAAGAGCCAAUCGGGCAUGAGCCAGCAGAGCCAGCAAAACCAGUUGUCCACCAUCAACCAAUCCCAGCUGGGACUGAGUGGGAACUCUGCUACCCAUAAUUCCCCUUCACCUCCUGGAAGUAAAUCCGCCACACCAUCUCCCUCCAGUUCAGCACACGAGGACGACAAUGACGACGGACUCAGGGGAGAGAAACGGCCAGCAACAGUGGACAUCUCCAAGAAACCCAAAACACCAAAGAAAAAGAAGCGAAAGGACCCCAAUGAGCCCGUGAAGCCAGUGUCUGCCUACGCCUUGUUCUUUAGGGACACCCAGGCUAACAUCAAGGCCCAGAACCCCAACGCCACCUUUGGGGAGGUGUCAAAGAUUGUGGCCUCCAUGUGGGAUGGUCUGGCAGAAGAAGAGAAACAGGUGUACAAGAAGAAGACCGAGACCGCUAAGAAGGAGUAUCUCAAACAGCUGGCUGCCUACAGAGCCAGUCUGGUGUCACAGAGUUACAAUGACCCAUCUGAAAUGAAGCAGCACCACUCUUCCUCCUCAUCUUCCCCCUCUUCUACCUCAAUGAUUACACCCAAACAUUCAGUCUACCCUGGUCACCCAGGCCAGCACCCUUCCCCCAGCUCACUCAGCCACCCUCUCCCUCCCCAUCACCAUCAGGGUAUGUACAUGCCCUACCCUCACCCAUCACACCCUUCCCACACCUCGAGCCCUGGCCUUGGCCCCCACCUUCCCCCUCCUCACCCUCAGAUCCAUCCCCAGCUCCAGGCUCUGUCCUCCAGAGGGACGGUGCCGCGAGCCAGCGUCCCCCAUCAGGGAGCCCUGUCCCUCGGCAAUGUGGCGGCCGCGUCCACCCCUCCUCUCCAGGUCAGUCCUCCGCUCCACAGCCAGGCACAUCUGGGAGGGCUGCAUAGUCCACACCAUCAGCACCAGCAGCUCAGUGGCCACUCACUGGGGAUGACACACUCCCCUGCCAUCACACAGGGAUACCCUCCCUCCCUCCAAUCUGACUACCAGCCAAUAGGAGGAGGUAUAAUGAACAGUGGAGCAAUGAUGUCAUCAUCAGUGGAUUACCACCAGCUGGGUCGACAUACACCGAACCACCACCCCUCUCUGGACUGGAGCACUGAUUACCAUGGCAGUGGGGGUCUCCAGAGGGACAAACCUCUGUAUCUGAGCUAAUCUCAGGACCAAACACCGCCAAACUUCUGCCAAGCCGUUCUACUGCCGCACCACGAAACCGUCAGCUUCGUCUCUCCAUCCUUAAAUCCACGAGAGAGCCAAAAACCAGUGAGCUCACAAAGGAUCGGCUGAAUCUGAGUUCAUCUCUUAAAAUUAAAGUCUCAGCAGUAGAAGAAUGGAACAUUUCUUGAGGUUACUGACAAAAAUAUCUGGCUCUCUCUCCUGAUCGUUUACUGCAUUGUACUACAUUUUAAAUGAAAAUGUGUACACCAGUGAGAACAGGUACAUAGGUGUAUAUACUCCAACCUUUGUCUGAUUUAUCUGCUCUGAUUCCUCUAAGGACGGUGUUUACCAUGAGUUCCAAAAGAUUGCUGUAAAUUGCUGUAAUAUAAUUGAGUUGUCUAUUUAAGGACAAUUUGUUGUUUUGUUUUUCUUUUAACUCAUACUUGCUGUGUUUCCUCUUAUAGCCAAAGCCAGAGGAACACAGUGCAAAAAAAAAAAAAAAAAGUAAGAAAGGGAGAAAAAAAAAAAAAAAAGAAAGAAAUAUUAACCAAAUACGACACAACUUGUGUUUGAAAACUGGUUCUUUAAUCGCACAAACAUUAGCGCUCGGUUUGAUGCUGUCUGGACUGAAGUCCCACUCACUGUCUGCACAGGCAGAGAACAUAUGGUGACUGUGAGUGUGGACGAGCACCUGAAGCUGACUGUUCAACCAGGCACCGACUGUGAAUCAUUGUGUACGAUUAAAGAACGUUUGCUGUUUUCUUGAUGAAAUCCACUGUACGUUAGUCCUUGAAAUAAUGAAAUGUCAAACAAUUGUUUGCUGAAAAAAAAAAAAAAAAAAGCAGCCCUUUGUAUGAUGACAGCUCCUCCUCCUGGCAUAUGUCUGCUGAUAAUAUUGAUUUGGAUCCAAACUGUGUGUGAAGUGUUAAUGAGAACGCACAAGUGGGUUGCAUGGUCUCCUUUGUCAUCUCUAUUUCUCUGUUCACAGAGGCUAUUUAAGAAACUUUAACUGUUGCUGGGUUGGCUGUGUUUUAAAUGUUUUUGAAAUCAUCUUUUGUUUUAGUGUUAAUGAUAAUGAGACGUAUCACUCUCGCUCUGUAUCUCUUUGUAUUAAUGUGUUUUGUUUUCUGGCAGAUGAAAGCACUCUGGGCAACAACAACCAUUAAGAUUUUCUUAUUUUUAGAUUCUAAUAAUGUGUUUGAGAAUAAAGUCAGCGCUGCAUUGA